AUGGCGGCCACGAGUGCAAGUGAAGACCGCAUCGCUCUCCUCAAGGAAUUCUACAAGGAGAUGCUUGAUUUUGAGGACUACAUCCCAUCUAGGAGGAAGCUCUUACGGCAAAGGGCAGUGGGCAUGCUGCGAGAGGAUGGAAAGAAGAAGGGUAGCCGAGGUCCCAAUGACCAGAAGCAAGACAUGGAGAUCGACAGCCAAUGGCGCCUCGAUGAAGAAGAGGAGGAGCCAGAUGAGGCAGAAGAGGAACCAGAAGAGGAAGAAGAGCAAGAAUUAGAGCAAGAAGAGCCAGAAGAGGAGCAAGAAGGGGCAGAGGAUGAGCAAGUGGAGGAGCAGCAAGAAGAACAACCAGAAGGUUCUGAGGAGGAAGCCAACGAUGAAGACAAGGAAAAGAUGCAGCCAAACAAGAAUGAAGAGAAGACCAAUGUGGAGAAGCUUCGAAAGAUGAAUCAUAUAGAGCGAAAGACAACAAGGAUUGAGGGUGAAGAAAUGGAGGGUGGCAAGCAGGAGGCCAAGCCAAAGGAAAAUGAAGAUGGCCACAAGCCUCAACCAAAGAAAGAGAAGGAGGCAGACACGGGGGUCAGGAAGGAAGAGGCGGAAGAAGUGAAGGAGGAGGUAGAGCAUGAAGAAAAGAAUGAGAGGGCCCAACGCAAGAAGCAUGCAAAGGAGGUGAAAGAAGAGGAUGUCGAUGAAAAAGAGAAGGCCCUGCCCAAGGAGGAUCGCAGCAACUUCAAGAAAAGUUCUGAGGAGGAUCAAGAGAAAUUGAAGAAGAAGCAGAAGGAGCACACAAAGGACGCGAAGAAGGACAAGGACAAAGAAGUGAAAGAGAAUCGAUAUCCAAAGAAGGAGACAAACGAAAAGGAGGAGGCUGAUGAAAAGGAGGUGAAAGACACAGAGCCUGUAGCUACAUGUGCAGCUGUCCUGGUCGACUCGGAUCAAGAAGAGGAUGCAGUCUUCAUGGACGACCGAGGGCCACUGAUCAAGGAUGAGAAGGUCCCAACCAAAGAACAGGAAGAGAAGGCCGACAGCAUCAUGAAGGAGAAGGCCACAGUGCACAAGGAGACAUCAGAGAAAGAGGAGUCAGAGAAGACACAGAAGGCGGAGGAAAAGAAAGUUAAUGAAGAGAAGGCAGAGAAGACACAGAAGGCGAAGGGCUUGGCGAAGGAAGAAAAGAUCAUGAACGAAGACAAGAACGAAGAGGAGGGAGUGAGAGCGAAGCAGACACGGAAGGCAAGGAAAGCUGACAAAGAACAUGAGGAGGCAGAGGACGCAGAGAAGACAGAUGAAGAGGCGCUCCUAGUGGCUGCAAAGCUGGCGGCAGACGAUGACGCCUUCGUCCUGCCACAGGAUGCCAAUGUGAAGAGGGGAGUGAGUAUCGCAUGGUCCAAAUACGCGGUCAAGAUGGGGCAGGGCUUCUUCCGCAGUGUGCAGAUGGUCCUCCAGACGGAGGAAGGAGGACUGGAGACAGAUGGAAAUGUGGAGGCCCUGCGCGAGAACCUGUAUCCACCUCAUAGCCGCUUCAACGAAGAGCUGGUAUCAAGGGCCACUAAGGCACCGUAUCGCUGGCGACAUGCUUGCCUCACUGAGUUGCAGGAGUUUUUGAGCAGUGAAAAGAAAGCUGGUCGGUAUCACCCGGUCAUCAGUGGAGAAUCAACGGCCACCACGGUGCCAGCUACAGAGGAAGAGGUGAGGAGGGAAAUCAACAGAGGACGGCAAGCGUUGGGUCGGCACGCAUUGACGACACCUUCACCCAAAGCAGGCACUGCACCAGCAGAUGAGGAGAAAUCCUCCCAACCCAAGCGACCCAAGCUGCCCCAAAGGAGUCAGAGCCAGCAAAUCUUGGCACCUGAGCAGGUAGAAGUGGCAGGAUCAUCUUCUGGCAGCAAACAAGUUGCCACGGCUGUGAAGGCCAAGGCUGCCAAGCCAGCACCACCCAAGGUGGAGCCUGCAAGUGAAGUCAUGACACCGGACACUGCCAAGGCAGUGAGCGAAUGCCUGAAGCGAAAGUCAACUUCUGAAUUGGUGGCCAGAGUGGCCAAACCGGCCAGACCGGAUCCCAAAGCCUCCUCUCAGCAGGCUGACAAAAAGUGUGCAAAGGCCGUAUCCGAAAAGGAUCCUGAUGAGGAGGCUGAGGAGUCGUCGGAAGACGAUGAGAAGGAUGAGAAGUGGAAAAAAGAAGAGGAGAGAUUGAGGGCGAAGAGAGAAGCCCACGCGAGAUAUAUGCGCUUCUCGCGUUCUUUCAAGAGCAAGCGUACGCCCGUGGAGAUUAGGUCCCGCCAAUUUGGAAGGAGAGUUUGGAUGACGAAAUCCGAACUAGUACAGAAGUUCGGUUCGGUGACCGUCGCCGAGGCCAUCAUCAGUGCAAAGGAACACGACGAGGAUGCAAAGCGGAAUCAGAUCCGCGAAACCCGCCAGUAUUUGGUGUGGGACAGUGAGGGAUCAGAAGAUAGUGAGGACACUGUCUGCUCAGAGCUCUUCAAGGCUGCAGAGAAUGGUGCCAGCGACUCCGCAAAGAAGAAGCGCAAGAAAGGAAAGAAAUCCAAGAAGUCUUCGAAGAACAAGAGUGACAAGAAGGACAAAAAGCAGAAGAUGGACAAGGAGUGCUCGGAGGAUGGGGCGAAGCCUUCAGGUGAGGAGAAGCCUGCAGGAAAGCAGGAGACAGAUGAACAGAAAAGGAAGCGAGAGCUCAAGGAGGCUGAAGAUGCCAAGAAGAAGCAGGAGAAGGAAGAAGCCGCAGCAAAACUGAAGGCGCAGAAGGAAGCGGAGAAAGAAAAGAAUACAGAAUUUAAGAAAGACCAGCGCAAAGGAACCCAGGCAUUGCAAAAGAUCAACAACUACAUUGCGACCGCGACAAGCCUGGAGGACAAGCUUCACACGAUGAGCCUUGGCCAACCAAACUGGGUCGAGAGCAAAUCUGUGCAAGAUGCGAUCUUGACGGAGGUCAAGCCCCACAUCGUGGCAAUGCGCAGUGCCAGAAACAAGUUGCAAAAAUCAUACGAUGCGGCCAAGGUUGGCAAUUUGGAAAGGAUGCCUGAGAUGAUCACUGAAGCCGGCGAAGCUGGUACAUCAUUCCAGCAGUUUGGAGAUGUCUCGCGCUGGUGUGAAUUCAUAUUGGGAUCAUUGUCGUGGGAUGCGCGAGCCUUGGGCAUGCGUCUGCCUUUGUGCCGCUCACAUUGGAAAUUUGCAGUCACCGAGUUGCGCGGUGACUGGGAAUUUCACCGCGACACCUGGAGGCUUUUGCUCUGUGAGGACUUUCAGUAUUAUGGUGCUGGGACCUUUGCUGAGCAAUUGGAUGUAGCCUACCGGGACUUUGUAGGGCUUUGCCGCGUUAAGAAGAAAGAUGGCACCGAGCUGCUCACCGCAAAAGCUUUCAACGGACGAUUGAUUUUGAGUUGGUUGAGUCAUACCCUGCUGGUGGCGGUGCUCUACGUCAUCGCUGGAUUUAUGACGAUCUCCAUUGGUCAGGAUCCCAUCACGCAGCAGAUUGGAUUGGAUCGCUAUUUUGACACGAUCCCUGCCACCAUGUUCACAGCCUUUCGCUGCUUCAACGGUGAAUGUGUCACUGAGCAUGGCCAUGCGAUUCCAUUCAUGUUGUCCGAGAGAUUUGGCCUACCCUUCCAGCUGGCCUAUGUGGCCAGUUACAUGUUGGUGACCAUGGGAAUUUUCAAUGUGAUUUUGGCAGUCUAUGUUGAUAUCACGAUGAGAGCGGCCAAGGAGAAUGAUGUGCAAACAGCCGAAGCCUACUCACGGGAAUCCAUCCGAAUCGCUCGCACCACGCGUGAGCUUCUCAAACGUUUUGUGGCGGCGUACCACGCAUUCAUCGACAUGGCCCCUGGGCGUCCAUGGUGUAAAGAAGCAAGCAGCCAACCACCCACCGAUCGUUUCACUGAACGGCGACGGACCACUGUUGCUCGGACAUUGACACGUGGCAAGGAGCUUUUCUUGCUGGUCAUUCAGGACAAGAAGAUCCAACGGCUAAUGGAUGAACUGGACCUACCACCCGACCGUGCCAAUUUGCCACAUGACUGA